AUGGCCGCCCAGGAACAAGCCUCGAAGGGCGAAAGUUGUCCACUUUCAGAUACCGAUUCGGAUACAACCCAUGUUGCUGAAGAAGGUGGGAAUACCGAUCAGGUCCAGAGCUCACCCUCACUUUCAAGAGCAGUUGGUAUCAGGAGGAGGAGGACAGGAGUAGAACGGUCUCGUGAAGGGCGGAACGACGACCAGACCCCGAGCUCGCACUCACUUCCAAAAAUAGUUAGUAUUAGGAAGCGGGCGUCAGAGCCAGAAUGCUCUGGUACUCCUGAUCUUCGGCCAGAAGAGGGUUCAUCGUCCGCAGCUCUCCGCAAGACCCAAAACAAUGGGAAACGGAGGGGCAGCCUGGAGAUAGAGGAAAUUUGCGAUAAGGCUGAGAACGGCGAAACAGCAAAGAAUAGUUCGGAAUCUCAGAACAAGGGCGGUUCGACUGAGGCUGACUCUGAUCCAGGGAAUCUCAGGGAGCCAAAGGCUACUGGAUUGCACAUUCAGAGCAUCGAAUCUAUCACUGCCCAUUCAUCCGACCCGACCCUUGUGAUGGAAAACCAACCCAGAGGAGUGAUUGGCGGUGUCAAUGGUGUUGGCAACAACGACCCACCUCGUCCCCCAAACUGCUCGUUUAGCGGCUAUGAGAUCGAUGUGCUGAAUGAUGAUGGUGUCCGAGAGAUUCGGCUUUUCAUUCCCUAUACCUCUCGGAUCCGAACCAAGUCGGAUGCCCGCAGCCCAACUGCGCGCCAUUGCGCCAUUCUUGCGGCCACAUGGCAAUCCCACAGAUGCAACAGGGUGGACCACUAUUCCAAAGCACCACAGCAGACUGUAUUCAAUGGAGAUGCGCCUACUGCGAGACUGUUGAAGGACUGA